AUGGCUGCCACCAUGAAGGGAACUGUGGCUGUUGAAGAUGUGAACGUCACUUUUGAGGACCAGCAGAAAAUCAACAAAUUUGCCAGAAAUACUAGUCGAAUGACAGAACUCAAGAAUGAAAUAGAGGCAAAAAAGAAGUCUCUCCAGAACCUUCAGGACGCGGGUGAUGACCUCAUGAUGCUGGACGACGACGCGCUGCUCGUUCCGUUUCAGAUCGGGGACGUUUUCAUCAGUCACUCGCAGGACGAGACGCAGGAGAUGCUGGAGGCAGCCAAGGAAACGCUGGAGCAGGAGGUCAGCACUUUGGAGGGGCGCGUCUCGUCCAUUCAGCAGCUUCUGGGCGACUUGAAGGUCCAACUUUAUGCCAAAUUUGGAACCAAUAUUAACCUGGAGGCUGACGAGAGCUGA